CAACCAUCUAUUACAACACAGUGAACGCCAAACCUACUGUGUUUAAAAGUCCCAGAUGCAUCAGACAAAAUUAACAUGUUUUGGCCCAAUGAAGCUGUUCACUUUGUUUGCUUGUCUACUAUUUCUUCCAGAUUUCGUCACUUGCCAGAAUGAUGUUUUCCAAGUGACCAUAGUGGGUCAUGAAUUGGACUGUGCUGACCGCUCCUGUCGCCACACAGGUCAAAUAUAUGGAAAUUUCCGGCACCCGUUUAAAAGGCUGCCUCCUGCCAGCUUGUUCAACUUUUGUGUUGAUUUGGAGGUUCUCUACUGUUACGACAGAGAUGCGAAUGUGUGUAAUCACGAGGAGAACUGGCCUAGGCACUGCAUUCUCUGGUCCUUCUGCCAAGCCGAAGAAACGUGCCACGGCAGGGGACGUAAUCUCUACUGCUCAUGUAAACAAGGCGACCCCUACAACUUUACCAUCAAUCCAUUGUUUGACCACUCUUGGUUCAGGGUGGUUUUCAGAAACGCCUGGAAUAAAUUUGCCAGUUCGAAGCCUUCUGAAAUCAUAACUGCAAGCAACACCUUUAUAUAUCGCAGUCGUAAAGGUGAACGGGUUCCUAUAAAUUCUACUGUUAGCUGGUCACACAGUGGAAACUCUCGCUUAUAUGCAGAUUCAAUUUACUUACAAACGGGUGUUCUGCUAGUGCUGUGUCUGACAGAGUUAACGUUCUUGUCAAGUUUCCAAGAAUAACGCAAGCUCACAGAUACAUCUCCAAAAUUGCAACAUUUAACAUCAAUUUUAAAU